AUGUUUCUUCCACCUAUCGGUCAACCAACAUCGUCUUCGUCAUUACAAGGCAGUGGAAGUGGAAAUAACAAUCAGCAGAACAAUAUGAUUAAUACAAGUGCCAGUUCCUCAGGUUCUUCAUCAGCGAAUCCGAUUGGUCUUCCACCGUCAACACCUCCUGGAAGUGGUAUUAUGACAAUGCUUCAUCCGCCACUUGAUUUAUCACCACCUCCACGACCAGAUUUUGGUCACGAAGGUCGAUCGAUCAAACUACGUGCCAAUCAUUUCUCGAUUCGUAUUCCUCCAAUACUUAUUCAACAUUAUGAUCUUAACAUUCAACCAGAUAAGUGUCCCAAACGUGUCAAUCGAGAAAUCAUUGAUACAAUGGUUAACAAAUUUCAAAAUAUAUUCAAUAGUCAACAUCCAGCAUUUGAUGGAAAAAGAAAUCUUUAUACCAAAGAUCCUCUACCAUUUGGCCGCGAUCGUAUCGAGCUGGAAGUAACUUUACCUGGUCCUGGCGAAGGACGCGAUCGUUGCUUCAAAGUACAAAUCAAAUGGGUUGCACAAGUUAGUUUGGUUAGUUUACAAGAAGCUUUACAAGGACAUGGACCACCUGUAUCGAAUGAAGCUGUAUCAGCACUUGAUGUGAUUAUGAGACACUUACCGAGUAUGAAAUAUACUCCUGUUGGUCGUUCAUUCUUUUCUCCACCUGAUAUUCAAUAUAAUCCGUUGGGUGGUGGUCGUGAAGUUUGGUUUGGUUUUCAUCAAUCUGUGCGACCAUCUUAUUGGCGAAUGUCGUUGAAUAUCGAUGUUAGUGCUACCGCAUUCUACAAAUCCCAACCAGUUAUCGAUUUCAUGUGUGAAGUAUUGGAUAUACGGGAUAUUCAAGAUCAAAGACGACCAUUGAAUGAUGCACAACGAGUGAAAUUUACAAAAGAAAUCAAAGGUCUUAAAAUUGAAAUCACACAUUGUGGUAAUAUGAAACGAAAAUAUCGUGUUUGUAACGUAACACGAAAACCUGCCCAAUAUCAAACAUUUCCGCUUCAACUCGAAAGCGGUCAAACAGUGGAAUGCACUGUGGCAAAAUAUUUCUAUGAGAAACAUCAUAUAAAGUUACAAUAUCCUCAUUUGCCAUGCUUACAAGUUGGUCAAGAACAAAAACAUACUUAUCUACCACUCGAAGUUUGUAACAUUGUUCCUGGACAACGUUGUAUCAAAAAGUUAACCGACAUGCAAACAUCAACAAUGAUUAAGGCUACGGCAAGAUCAGCACCUGACCGUGAAAAGGAAAUCAACAAUUUAGUCCGAAAGGCGGAAUUCAAUAAUGACGUUUACGUCACACAUUUCGGCAUUAAUAUUUUGACAAACAUGACCGAGGUCAUGGGGCGUGUUUUAACAGCUCCCAAAAUUCAAUACGGCGGUCGAACGAAAAUAAUUGUUACACCCAAUCAAGGUGUAUGGGAUAUGCGUGGUAAACAAUUUCAUACAGGCAUUGAAAUUCGUACAUGGGCAAUUGCAUGUUUUGCACCGCAACGAAAUUGUAAUGAAGCAGCAUUAAGAACAUUUACUCAACAAUUACAACGAAUAUCCAAUGAUGCUGGAAUGCCCAUUGUCGGUCAGCCAUGUUUCUGCAAAUAUGCAACAGGUAUUGAACAAGUCGAGCCGAUGUUUAAAUUUCUGAAAACAACGUACAACGGUUUACAAUUGAUCGUCGUGGUUUUACCUGGUAAAACUCCCGUUUAUGCCGAAGUCAAACGGGUUGGCGAUACAUUGAUUGGAUUAGCUACCCAAUGUGUACAAGCUAAGAAUGUCAACAAGACCACACCACAAACAUUGUCGAAUCUAUGUUUGAAGAUCAAUGUUAAAUUAGGUGGUGUCAACAAUAUUCUCGUACCAAGUGUACGUCCCAUCAGUGUUUUCCGUGAACCAGUUAUAUUUAUUGGUGCAGACGUGACACAUCCGCCAGCAGGCGAUCGUUCUAAACCAUCAAUUGCAGCUGUUGUUGCUUCGAUGGAUGCUCAUCCAUCCCGAUAUGCAGCUACGGUUCGUAUACAAAUGCAUCGUCAUGAAGUCAUUGCCGAACUAUCAACUAUGGUCAGAGAAUUACUUAUACAGUUUUACAAAUCCACACGGUUCAAACCAGCGCGUAUCAUCUUAUAUCGUGACGGUGUCAGUGAAGGACAAUUUGCACAUGUACUUGCACAUGAACUCAUGGCUGUGCGAGAAGCUUGUGCACGUCUUGAAGCAUCGUAUCAACCGGGCAUUACAUUCAUUGUUGUUCAAAAGCGACAUCAUACACGUCUGUUCUGUGCUGAUAAAAAGGAACAGUGUGGCAAAAGUGGAAAUAUUCCUCCAGGUACGACAGUGGAUGUUGCAAUAACACAUCCAACGGAAUACGACUUUUACCUCUGCUCGCAUGCUGGUAUCCAAGGUACAUCUCGCCCAUCCCAUUAUCAUGUUCUUUGGGAUGAUAACAGUUUUUCUGCUGAUGAACUACAAGCAUUAACUUAUCAACUUUGUCAUACAUAUGUCAGAUGUACACGUUCAGUAUCAAUACCAGCUCCGGCUUACUAUGCUCACUUAGUUGCAUUUCGUGCACGGUACCAUUUAAUUGAAAGAGAACCUGAAAGUAAUGAAGGUUCACAUCAAUCAUCAAAUGGUGAUUCGAAUGGUCAACAACAAGUUCAAUUGAGUCGUGCAGUUACCGUACAUCCAGAUUCGGCUCAAGUCAUGUAUUUUGCUUAG